AUGGACAUGCGCGAGCCCGGCGCGUGGUACCCGCUCGCGCGCGCGAUGCGACGCGAGGUCCACCUCCACGUCGGACCCACCAACAGCGGUAAGACCUACUCCGCCAUCCAGCAGCUCAAGGCGGCGGACAGCGGCGUGUACUGCUCGCCGCUGCGGCUGCUCGCGUGGGAGGUGGCCGAGGGACUCAACAACCGCGACGGCGUGCCGUGCAACAUGAUCACGGGCCAGGAAAAGAAACCCGUGGACGGGGCCAGGCACGUCGCGUGCACCGUGGAGAUGGCGGACAUAAGGAGAAUGGUCGACGUGGCCGUCGUGGACGAGGCGCACCUCAUGGGUGACCCGGAGAGGGGCUACGCGUUUACCAGGGCGAUACUCGGCAUUCCCGCCAAAGAGCUUCACUUGUGCGGUGACCCGGCGAUGGUCCCGCUGGUGCAAAAGGUCAUAGAGGAGGUCGGGGACAAACUCACCGUGCACAGAUACACGCGGUUACAGCCGCUGAAGGUGCUGGAUACGCCCCUGCGUAGCAUCAAGAACGUGAAGAGCGGCGAUUGCCUCGUGGCGUUUAGUCGCAAAGCCGUGCAUCAGCUCAAGCGCGACGUCGUGCGGCAGGCUGGUCUACGAGCCUGCGUCAUAUACGGCAGUUUACCCCCGGAGGCGAGGGCGCGGCAGGCUGAGCUGUUCAACGAUAGGGCCACCACGGGUUACGACGUCCUCAUCGCGUCGGACGCCAUCGGCAUGGGCUUGAACCUGAGCAUAAGGCGCGUGGUGUUCACCACGAUGCGAAAAUUCGACGGGGAGCAGAUGCGCCUGCUGGAACCCCCCGAGGUUAAGCAGAUCGCCGGGCGCGCCGGGCGGUUCGGUCAGGGGUUCGGCGAGGGCGGCACGACCACCAUGGUCGCCGAGCAGCUCCCGAUCCUCCGCCACGCCGUCGCCGCGCCCGUGGUGGACCUCACCAGGUGCUCGGUUGCGCCGACGCUGGAGCACGUCGAGUGCUACCUCGAAGCCGUCCCGGGUGCCACGCUCGUCGAAGCCCUCACCGCGCUGUGCCGGGACGCGUCACUGCCGCCGCACUACUUCAUGGCCACCUGCGACGGCAUGCUCGCCGCGGCGAAGCUCGUGGAGAGGCUCCCGCUGUCCGUCGAAGACCACUGGAUGUUCGCCGUCGCCCCCGCAAACGUCGAGGACGGCGGUGAAGGCGCCAAGGCUCUGUGGACCUUCGCCGACGCGUUCGCUCGACGCGGCCGCGUCGGGGUUCGGAUCAUAAAGCGCCCGCCCGCUCGCGCGCCGGAGACCCAAGGGGAGCUCAACGUGCUGGAGCAGGCGCACGCGGCGUACGAUCUGUACCUGUGGCUGUCGAUGCGACACCCGGCGGCUUUUCCGGAAAUGGAGCUCGCGCAGGCGCUUCGGCAAACCUGCGCCGCCGCCAUCGAGCUCGGCUUGCAG